AUGGACAGCGCAAACCUCUCAAUCAACUCCUACGAACCAUCGACCGAGAAUUCAGACGCUGAAUUUGAAAGUAUCGACUUCAUUACGGACACUGUAUUGGACUGCGAUCUUGAAAUCAACGAAGAUGCACUUGCAGAGCUAGCGGAUGACGACGAUGUCACUGCUGAUCCAUCAACACUGUGCCCAGGAAUUGGAGAGGCGUACGGACAAAUGAUCUCUCACACUCGCGUUAUUGCAGCCUUCGCGCGCCCAAUUACGUUCGCUAAGUUCCGCGGUGCUCCUGCUUGCCUGAUGACUUUUGUCGUUGACUUCUACAAGGGGUCUCGGAAGAGCUGGGCAAAGGUUGCUCGGUUCAAAGAAGCAACAAUUACGCUGGAAUUGCAAGGGUCAGACCCGGUACAGGCACCUGAGCUCGUCAUGUUCUGCCCGAGAGAAUAUGACGGCCCUAAGACAGAGGUGGCCGUCUCGAAGGAAGCUUCAUGGUCUCUCAACUUAAAUGCCCCAUACGCAGCUGACGCGGUCGGCCUACAAGCUGGAAGCUCAAAAUCGGAAUCAUAUAUAGACAGUCACUACGUACACGUGACUGGUACUAGCAAGGUAGCAAGCGGCUGGAAGCACACAAUCGUUGAGUGGGAUAUCGAAGAAAACCGUACUCUGAAGAAGGGGAUCCCGAGAUAUAUGAAGUUUAUCAUGGUGGUAUUGAACCCGAGUUCAAAGCCAUUCCAUGUCGACUUGGAGCUAGCGGCCAAAUUGGGAUUCGGAUUGGAGAAGGACGUGAGUUUCGGCCUCAGAAACAAAAAUAAGACCUUGUCCGUUACGAUCCAUCCAGGGGUCUUGAUGAAGGGGGUAACAGAUGCGGAACAGUUGACGUAUGCAAAUCUCGAUCGCAGUAUCAUUUCUGAGGAGGACUUGGCGGGCUCCAGUUUAGAGAGCUACACAAACCUUCAGCCAUGUAAAACGGGUUAUGUAACCCUAGUAUGA